AUGGCAACUGCCCAACCCAGUACCAUUCUUCCCGCGAGCGAACAGCCUAGGAAUGCAACACUUUCUCAUACAUCACCAACUUCCUCUCCUCGUUUGUCCUCUCGUGGUGUACCGAGAAUGUUGCCUCGUAUAAUCGGCCGAAGAAUGGUUGCUUCUCAUGUGGGUGAGACAAGCACAUCGAGCACGCCAUAUUACCACAGCUUCAAGGAGGGUCACUGGCUCGGGCAACUCUUAGUGGAGCUCACCACGAAAGACUCAGAGAUAGCCAACCUAUUGAGGCUGAAUCAGGGGCAGCACAUCUCAAAGGUGCUCUUACAGCAGCUCGAGAAAAAGCAAGAGCUAAUCAACUCGUACCGUGAGUUUUUGGAAUCGCUGGUCUCUCUUGUCGCCCAGUCAGUGUUCUUGAAGAAUCCGGGGUUGGUGACCAACAGGCAUGAUCCCCAUGGAAUCAUGCAGGACCUCUCCACUAAGAAAUGUCCGAACCUAAACAUAUUCUGUCGUUUGGUCAUUGAGCCUUCCCUCACUGCAAGCCCCAAACCAGACACGGUAACAUCUCAACGAUACAACGGCGUUCCUGUCAACCAGCUUGCUAGGUUCUGUGAUGUUGCAGUGCUCAAGUUUCUAGAUGGAGUCACAGAGCAAACAAAGCCACAGGCUGCUCAGUGGGCCAUAGAUUACAUCAGUAGUCUUCUUAACUCCCUUCUCUCUUCCAUUGCCAGUCAUAGCUCCACUGGUUGGUACGGAGCGCCCUCUACUCGACAGAAGAAGACGGUCAGCGUCAAUAUUCCUCCCUCAUUCCUUUUAGCCACUCCACCUACUGUGGUUGUGGUUGCUAGCCCACCUCCACUCGAUCCUGAAACAGGGCAAGUUAGAGGUGGUUCGGCCGCUUUCCAUUUCCCUCCACAGUCUCAUCGUAGCCCCGAAGAAGACUCGCGUCUCUCUCCACAUGCCAGCGGCUCAGAUUCCCAUCUGUCUGAAAGUGGGGACAGCUUGGGGUCAACGGUAGACAGAAAGUCAUCUCCAACAGAUAUGACUAUCUCUCCAACCUGGUCAAACAGCAGUAGCCCCAUGCUCUCCCCGCAGCACACCAGGAGGGGUUUUGGUGACAGCUUGUCCGAGGGAGGAGAGCAGGGGUUGUUGGGGAGUGGGUUUCGACCAAGGUCCCCGAGACUGGCCGAUUUGAAGCUCAGUCAGCACCCUUCUAUCCCGGAGGAAGAGGAGGAAGAUGGAGGUAAGGCUACGGGGACUUCAGGGAGUGUGAGAGUUGAAACAGAGCCUGAAGAAAGUCAAAGAGACGAUGGGAGUGGGGACAAAGAGGAAGAAUGUGAAGAUGAAAAAGAGGGGGCAGAUGGUGGGGAAGAUGAAGAAGAUAAGGUCAGAUCGAAGCCAACAGCAGCAGCUAAGACAGUUCCUGAUGUUGACAUCAAGGCAGAACUUCAGCUAUACAUCAACGCCGAGGGUAGAAUCAGCCUUAUUGCAAUUCUACAGGCAAUCGCCCGCCUGCCACAAUCGGAUGUAAUCUGGACCGAGCGAUUUGGAAUGAACUGCUUCCAACUUAUCCAGCACUGCAUGGACUUGGGGCUGGCGCAGAGUUCCAAGUUAGGCAAGUCUUCAUCGUCUAUGAAGAGACAGAGAUUUCAAAAGCAGGAGAACACUGCUUUCCUCGCACAUGGGAGCGAGCAGCCGUGCCAGGUACACGGCAGGUACGUAGUCCACUAUGCCGUCCGUGCACUUAUACAGUGUGCCACAAACCUCCUUAUCGGCUGCUCCCAUGACACACAACAGACCUGCUGGCUUGCCUACAAACGAGUCGGGUCUCAGAACAACCUGAUACAUCCAAGGCUUCUGCGGCAGCUGAACCGAAUCCACUGCCACUCUCCGCAAGAGUUCCAGCGAGCAAUGCUUCAUUUUUCCUCCACUGCCCCCCUUCGAAAGAUCCUCCAUUUUCUCCACGUGGUGCUGGAAUAUUGCCAAAUGACCUCCGCCGAAAAGGUUGACUCUCUUCUUCUCUUGGUUGUUUCUUCCGUUUUCCGAGCUCUUGUGGAUCGUCUUGCACAGCUUGAUCUCUCAAAACCUUCUUUACAAGAGAGUUUGGUUUCGGAUGUCUGCCUGUUCAUUCAGUACGCACAGGCCCUAUUCAACUUUCACCCACAACUCAGUAGCUACAGGCACUUCCACAUGUACAUACAUCGCGUGGCUCUGUCUGUUAUUCUCCCUCAACAAGAACCCAAGAGCGAGCCUUCGUCGGACUCCAUUUUCCAGCCGUUUCCUGCCAUCCUUGAAGAGGAUGAUCUGCAACUACGCGAUGCGCUCGCCUCUUCUGCAACGCCUGAAUCUCACGGAUUGCCGGAGAGGGGGUCAAAAGUCACCCAGAGCCUUCCUCGCAAGCUAAAGCAGAAGACGUCUGAGGAGAAAUCACGCCCACGUUCAAGCAUUCAAUCUGAUCACAUUGUCGUAACAAAGAGCCCUAAAGCUCAACGGAGGAACCUGUUUACAAAGCAGCACAGUAUUCACGAGAGGGAAGACAGCUCCCUAACCCUACAAGACGUUGGCGGGUUUGAGGUGUCUGGAGGCAUGGAGGAGUGGAGGAGGCUGAAAUUGAAAGUGCUGCGACAGAGAAUACAAAGGCUGGUUGUGUUGAUGGAUCUGUCUGAGCCCGGUACUGUCCCUGAUCCUGGAAUGCUGGCAUCUCUCAUAGACCUGAGUGAUGGAGCGCUGGUUGUUGCAAGAGCGAUGGUUAUCCUGGAGUGUGCUCUAUUUGUCCGGAAGAUAAGGAGGAAGGACGGUUCUAGCUCCUCCCACUGGCUGCGCAAUAGGCAAGAAGGCCAUCACCGCAUUGCCAUCAACUUCAAGCGGUGGGCAGUGGCCAUCGGAGAGAAACUGAGAAUCAUUGAACUGCGGGAACGAGACAAAAUCCAGCAGCUACAGAGGAGAGCCGGGGGGAGAUCACAGUCAAUUGUCUUGCCAGAAGAACCUGUUUUACCGGACAGUCCCGCUGAGCCAGACAAGCAAGACGACAAGGGAAACAGAAAAUUUCAAACCGUUUCCUUCAGCAUAAAGAUGUGUACAUGCGUCCUCCUCUAUGAGAUCACCCACUAUCUCCGUGACAAUGUCACCACGGGAUCAGCACUUCUUGGAACGCCUCGCGUGAGCAUUACCAAUAUUGACAGUGGCCGACGGCCGUCGUUAAUUAGCACUACAUCAACGGACACCGAAGCCGUAGUUACACCCGGAGCCACGGGGCACGAUUCGAAAAUGCUGGGUAUGACUCGCCACCGGCUUACCCCAGAUAUCAGGUCCAGCAGCCUCGAAGGCGAGACUGUUCACGGCAUCCACAGUCCAUCUCUCAGUGGAGCAUCAUUCGAAGGGGAGCAACCUCCUGAAUCUCCACGCAAGAGAGUUUCAGUUUACUUACGAGUGAAUAGUGCGACUGAGCAGAGGGAUCAACAGCGAGGGAGAGUCAACUCUGGUUUGAAGCAAACCAUCAACAUUACGUCCACCGGGGACGCAUCACCGAAACAGCAAAAGCGAAGGUCUUCAGUUUCAGUUUCAGUCGGUCGGAGACACGUUUCCUUCUACGAGAAGCGGCCAGAUGAGAGCCCAGUCAAAACUAGUCGAACAUCCGCUGUGACUGUCAGUCAUCUACGACCAGUUCCUGGCCGUGCCACAGUCAAAGCUUCACUUUCUUUCCAGGAGACUCCCCCACCAGAAUCACUCGGUCUCUCUGACUCCUUUCGUCGACCAAAGCUCCAGUCACAGGGCUCCACCGCCUCGCAGAAGAAUUACAAUCUCGGCUCUCAGAUCCAGAGUGGGAUAUCACGGCUUGCAAGGCGAGCAUUCAGGGGGAGGAUCCAGAGGAAGACCGCAGUCGGAGCAAGAAAGUCAAGUCUUGCCGGAAGCAGCCCGACUCUUGUCCAACGAAAAAGGCCGCAGAGACUAAGCACCGCCGGAUUUGCUCUAGGGAUGGAGGAUGACAGACAGCACUUUCCCUGGCUUGAAAUCGUUGAGCACUUAGUUGUCGUCGACGCCCUCAACCCUGACUCGCAUGCUCGCCACUCGCAGGCCUGCGCAGAGCUAGUGACUGCUCUCAAUCAUGUCUAUGGUAUCAAAGAGGGUGGCAAAGAGGAAGCACGGGGACCUAGCCUCAGCUCCCUGUUUUCUGGUGUCUUGGAUCCUUUCAUUCAAGUGAGAGAGCAAGGUCUUGAUAAUAGCAGAGGGACUAAUCUUCGGAGGACGGGAAAGCACAAACCACCACGUAGCGUCUCUACGUCUGUGUUUUCUUCUCAGUCGACAGCAGCAUCGAGUGUAGUCAGCUCCCAAUCCAUGGCCUCACUCGACUUCUCGCUAAUAAAACGGGGCCUAUUUCUGUCUCAUUCCUUGGGCCAGUAUACUGCAAUAGAGCUCUUUCUCGAACAAGAUACAGAGCGCCCUGAAACGAAAAUGGAUGCAGGAUUCAGCCGUGCGAGAAGGAGCUACAUGCAACAGAGCUUUGCUGGACUCAUGCAUGCGCCCCUCUCCCUACUGGUCUACACAGCUCCUCUGCUCUCUUCCUCCUCUUUCAGUUCCCUCAAGGACAUGGCAUGGGGAAUGAUCUUGGACAGGAACCAGGAGCUAGCCCAAGCUGCCGGAAUGUUCUUCCUUCUAGCUGCUGCCAGGGAAGGGGAAAAUGCGAUGAAAGAGUUUUUUGGCAACAAAGUCGAGACUGAGUCCCUAGAGAAGCAGAGGGAAGCAGUGAUGAGGUUUAUGGUGCUCUGGAAGGUUCGGUACAAAGUGUGGCCAGCUAUAGGAGAACGAGGGCAGAAGAGGUUCAACUCAGAGAGAGCAGCCGAAGAGCGACAGGACCAGCAGACCAUUGGCUACUCGCUACCCACCAACCUCCUAGGCUCAGCUGGUAGAGAGGUGCCUGUCCCUCCAUGGAAAGCCCUUUCUCUAUGCAUCCACGACGACUGCCAAGCUAACCCUGACAAGUGCUACAGAGCCACAAGGCUGGCUCCACUGAAACAUUGCAAGGAGGUGUCCGAAGCAGUUAAAGGAUUCACAAUCUCUGGUAUCAGCAUGGCUCUGGAGGCCGACGCUAAGCCUACCAGUGUGUUUGCUGGAGUUGGGAGCGAGGAUAAUGCAGGGAAUAUCAACAUCAACCAAUGGGAAGCAGUUGAACCCACCCUCUUCCCUCCCUCCCUUCUACCUCUCAUCAGCUUCGUCAUCUCCUCCCUCACCCCCUUGCAUUCAGGCCACUCCUCGACCAAGUCCCACACCUCACUAAGCUUCCCACUCUCACUGAACAGAUCUGAGCUGGCCAGCCAGGCAAUAAAGCAGUGCAUGAUAGAAGAUCCUCGUCUGCUGUUUCGACCACUUCUGAACAGAUUCAACAGACUCUACCAGGAGAUCAGUGACAGGGCCAACCGUUACUCUCAAGUCGCCUUUAUAAAGUCACUGAAAGAAAUUCUCCACCCACUUCACGUCAUACUCCAGUCCUUCCCCUCGCUGCCGCCAAAGGCAGCUCAUUUCCUGUUCAACAGUUUCAUUGGGAUUAUCACCAGACACACGGACCAGCCCUGCACCUUCUCCACUGAGAUCAUACAGAGUGUCCUCCUGCUGUUGACUAUGGUGAUCCCUAGUGUAAAGGGGCUGGACCUGAAGGCACUGAAGAGCAUGCUAAAGAAAGAGUCAUGUUACACCACAAUCCUCACGACCGCCCGAAUCCGCGGCACUGAAAAGAUCAACAUCAUUGAUGAGACAGUUGGCUCCUCUACCUCAAGGUCCUUUCUUCAUGACCAGAGUGUUGACGCAGACGACACGUUUGGGCAGGUGAUUGCCCAGUUCAAAGGUACACAACUCUCAUACGAGCUGCUGCAGAGUCUCUACCUUGUGGAUCAGAGCAAAGAUCUUCCUGUGCUGAGUAUGCUAGUGGUGAAAGACCACUACAGUAUGCUCUCGGAUAAGCAGUACCCGACCUUUGUACUGCGCGACACACAGAGGGGGAGUGGUCGGGAGGUGUGGUCCUGGGGAGACCAGAUGGACCAGCUGUUUGUCCACAAAAUGAGUGAAGUGCUGCGAGUGUUGAUGAUCUUUAAGCUGCUCCAGACUGGUCCAGAAGUUGAGCGUGGUUCCGCUGACAUUUACAACAAGUUUGCGCAGCCCAACUACCGAUUCCUGCAUCAGGAGCUGGUGGCACUCAAUUCAUUCCCGCGACAGGCCCUCACCAGUAUCCUCUACGAGGCUGGCCCGGCAUCUCUCUCCCACCACCACCUACGCAGCUCUGACUCCAUGCUCAUGGGGACGUGGGUAAAAUUUGUUCUCGGUCUAUUUGUGCAGGCCAAACCAGACUACGACUGGGAGAAUAGUCUCGGUCUGUUCCUGAAUGUAGUGAACGGAGCCCUCUUGCUCUACAGCGAAGACCUCUCCAUCCUUCGCCAGGCGCUCGCUGCACUCAUAGUUGUCGUGUCAAAGUUUGUCAAUGUGUUUCAGAGACGUGGCUACGAGAUGGUAACCCCAACGCUCAUCCAAGUGUAUGCGUCUCACAUGAGCAAUAAGCUCAUCGCGAAUGCCCUGAAGUUCGUCUGGGGGCAGUUCUACAUGCUCAAUCUUGACAGCAACGUUUUUGUCAUGCAAGCCAUUGCAGCCACCGCCACACUUCUGUCAGAAGAGAGCAACAAUGCCAGGGCUGCCUUCCAGUUGCUACAAUCACUUGACUCUGAAAAUCCUCCACAGGAUGACCUACACAUCAUGAGUGAUUGUCCCAUGGAGCAGAGGAUGCUGAACAUCCACUGGCAGCCACUAACACUCCAGACAACAUUUUAUCUCUGCAUUACUGUUGCCUCCUGGAACCCUGAGGCUGUGCGAGGAAUGCAGGUGCUGGUUUUUAUGGAUCACCUCGUUCCAAUGUUUCUUAGCGCCAUUUCUCUACCGCGGACAUCCACCUUUGUCCUGGAAUCCAUGAAGUCAUUGGUCAAAGGCUGUGAUGCCAUAACAAAACCGCAGUCGUGGAAGGGAGAAUUUCUGAGCAGUCGACGAGACACUCAGCGAACUGACACCCAGCACAACCUGGACCUGAGGGACACCUUGCCCCAGCAACCGCAACCCUCGCUUUUCACUGCUGCCCCCGUCGAGCGGAAAACCUCGAGGGUGGCAAAGCUCUAUAGAAGGAUCGUGAACCCAAGCAAGACAGAGGAGGUGUCAGAGGGAAGUGCUUUCUUCCUUCAGAUUAACCUGGACAAGGCCAUUUCCUCUCUGAAACCUAUGGGUCACCUUGAAUAUGUUGGAGGGUUCAAGUAA